AUGUCGACCCACGAAACAAUUUCCGGCACGAAUGUGUACGGCCCAGGAACGUUCGUCGACAAGAGCGCUCUCCCUGUGCCCGAGGAUGCCAAGCGGAUCUUUGAGGUACUCGCUUCGCGGACUCCCGGCUUCACGCAGAACAAAGCUGCAUGGGAUACCGUUCGUUUUGAGGGCCAGCCGAAGCCCAUGAUUCCAGGGCCCAUCAAAUCCGCCGCUGUGGCAGCCGCCCUCCACGCUAUGGCGGGCGUGGUAGCCAACGAGUUACUGGAGCUUCGCGAUGGAAAGGCUGUGACUGAAAGCAGUGUCACAGUCGACACCGACCACGCUGGAAUUUGGCUUGGCUCGGUGUUCACCACUUACAUUAAUGGCAUGGAAUUAUCGGAAAUUGGGCGAUUGGGGAAAAUGAGUGCCUUGUUUCCCAAAGACUUCGAGCGUGGCGUCUUUCAAGGCAUCGCUGGCCGGACCACAGCGAUCUAUCAGACGAAGGAUCCUAAAGUCUGGUACCAGCUGCACGGCUCCUUGGAUGCCAAGAAAACUCUCCAGUCUAUGGGAAUCGACACAAGCGUGACAUUUGAUAAACCUCAAGAAUACUACGAUUAUAUCCAGAAUCAUAUCAUUACGUGGAGUCCGGACGAGCUUGAGAUGCAUAACGUGCGUCAUGGCCUCUGCGGAAGUAUUUGCUACUCGCCAGAUGGGUGGAGGAAGACAGAGAUGGGAAAGCGACUUGACAGUCACCCCCUGGUCAACUACUCCGAGCAGACAUAUGCUAAAUCCACCCCCCCGGUGCCUCUCGCCAAGGGUCUGUCUGAUCGUCGACCGCUUGCUGGCAUCAAGGUCCUAGAGAUGGUUCGAAUUAUCGCCGGUCCUCAGAUUGGUGUUACGCUGGCCUCUUACGGAGCCGAUGUCAUUCGAGUGAACUGCAGCAGACUAGUCGAUCUGAAUGUCUUGCAACUCGUCUUGAACGCGGGAAAACGGACUAUCGACCUUGAUAUCACCAAGCCGGAAGACAUGGAUCGUCUCCACGAGCUCCUUGCCGACGUUGAUAUCUUCAUUCAAGGUUUCCGAAUGGAAUCGUUGCAACGAAAGGGCCUCGGCCUCCACAAUCUCCUCGAGCUGGCCGCUAAGCGCAACAAAGGAAUCAUCUAUGUAGAUGAAAACGCUUAUGGACCAGAUGGUCCAUUCCACGCGCGCCCAGGGUGGCAGCAGAUUGGAGAUGCUGCAUCCGGAAGCUCAUACGUCAUGGGCCGGUCCCAGGGACAUGAAGAAGGGAAGAGCGUGUUGCCACCUCUUCCAGUGUCUGACAUGGUUACUGGAAUUGUCGGCGCGUUGGCAGCUAUGAUGGCGGUCCGCGACCGUGCAAUCAAGGGUGGCUCAUACCAUGUCACGAGCUCUCUUGUUGCUGCUGAUUGUAUCUCACUGACACAGGAGGUGGGAUUGUACCCGCUGCAUGUUGUUGAAGAGACUGCCAAGAGGCUCGCUUUCCCUGACAGCACACCAGACCAAUAUGUUUCGGAAAUUUUGGUCGCUGUUGUGAAUGGGUGGAAGAAAGCUCUUCCCGGCUAUCUGGAUGAAAACUCGAAAUAUAUGACUACCUUCGAAGAGGGUUUCUGGGGACGCCACACAAUUUUGAAGCCAGUUGCGCGACUGAAUGACGAUGCGUCAACAGCGAGGUGGACUUCCGCACCUGUGCCACACUGCCACCAUGACCGCUCUAUUACCUGGCUAUCAUAGACUGAGCGAACAGAAUAUAUAUAGAUGUUAUCUAAGCGAUACACCAAAUGUGUCCUUUGAGAACCGAGUUUCUUCUUUCCUCAGAAACCAAGAAAAUUGCCUCCAUGCUAAGCCGUAUAGUGUAUUGUCAAUUGAUGAUCCCACUGAGGGUCUCAAUUCGAUCCACUAGCUCUCCCUCGGUCCGUAUCAGGAGAAAAUGGCGCGCCAACAAAUAUAUCUUGCCAAUUCCAAAAAGGAGGUAUUGACCACUGCGAAUUAAGAUAACCAAGAUUUGCGUUAUUGAGAAAGUCAAGUUCGUCAUUGAAGGCGCUGUUAUCGGUGUGGUCCGCAGGGCGUUCGCGUCCAGACAGGUCGGUGGCUAGGUCAACAGCAUCCUCAUCAGCACCUGCUGCUGGUGACCGAAUAUGAUCACUUCGUACUU